CAAAGCCUCACUUUUCUCGACUGCUACUUCUGCCCGUAUCAUCAAUUCAACACCCCGAGCUUCCCCCAGCCUCUCCCCCAUCACUUUCUCGAGAAAAUUGCAGUUCUCCCAAUUCCAAAACACCCCAAGAUGGCAGCUUUUUCAUACCAGUACCAGCCUUUUCUCCUCGACCCUGUUUUCCAACCAACCAAAGUUCCUUCCUUUACAGAGGAGGAAGGAAACAUCUACACCAAUUGCUUAUCCCAAUUUCACACACCGGAAACUGUGCCGGAGUCUACUCUCCUUGGUCAACCCUCCAAGGUGAUUCUUAGUGAUGAUAGUGAGCCUUCUUCUCUGACUAGAAAACAGAGUACUGACUCUUCUACUGUGGUGGAUAAGAUUGAAAGUGGUGAGCAGGUUACUCAGAAUGUGAGUUACAUGGGGAGGAAGAGGAAGAACAGAAAUGGGUCUCCCUUGGGUUCUGAUCCUGCCAAGGAUGCAAGAGAAGUGAAAAGCAAGAAGCAGAAGAAGGACAAUAGCUCCAUGAAAGAUGAAGAGAAAGAGGCAAAAACGGAAAAGAAGGAUAAGAAGAAGGCUUCUGAGGAACCUCCAACAGGCUACAUUCACGUAAGAGCAAGAAGAGGACAAGCAACAGACAGCCACAGCCUUGCAGAAAGGGUAAGAAGAGAGAAAAUCAGUGAGAGGAUGAAGAUUCUUCAGCGGCUUGUUCCUGGCUGUGACAAGGUAACUGGAAAGGCCCUAAUGUUGGAUGAGAUAAUUAAUUAUGUUCAGUCCCUACAGAAUCAAGUAGAGCUUCUCUCCAUGAAGCUCGCUUCUCUUAAUCCACUUUUCUAUGAUUUUGGGAUGGAUCUUGAUGCCUUUAUGGUCAGACCAGAUCAGAGAUUGAACUGCAUGGCAUCACCACUGCCACCUCUUCAACAAUGCAACCCCACUCAGGCUGCAGCUUUUGCUGAUACAACCACGGCCUUUACCCCACCUAAUAAUAAUUAUCCCCCUAUUGAUGCUUCACCUUCACUUUUACUUCAAUCUCAGAAUAAUGGAAAUGUAAUGUGGGAUAUGGACGACCAGAGACAGAAGUUUCUUAGUUCAUCUGUAUUCAGUGACAGCUUGUGUUCUUUCCAUUAAAUGUUGAUAGAGAGUGCUGCCCUGCAAAAACCAAACAUCUGGUGGUUGCCAAACAGAGAGAAGGGAAACCCCAUUAAGAAUCAGAUCAAGGCUUUCUCUUUUCAAGUGGAGAAUGGGGAUUCUGUUUCCCUGGAAAAACUCUAGUUCCAAAUUCAACCAAGUAAAAAACAGCAUCUGAAACAUGAAUAAAGGGCAGCAGCAUAAUCAAUGGAGGAAGAACACCAAAGAGGACAAACAUAAACCGACCAAAUUGGACCAUAUCUUUUGUAGAUCCCUUUGUUCUUGUCCACAGUAUGUCUCUAUCAUGCACAAAUUCCCAGAAUAUAGGGUGUUAAUGUUUAACUUAGGAUUAGAAAAGAGGGGAAAGCAGUAGUACUUGUUAAUUGUUAUGCAGUAAAAGUGUAAUGUAAAGUAUAUAUAUUAUAUAAUAAAACUGAAUU